GCCACUGGUGCCGCCCAGCACAAGGCAGUGUCUCUUGAACUCCACACUGGCUGGUCGGAAUGGCUGCUCCUCCCAGGUUAUCAGUGCUGCGCAGGAUCCUCCUCCUCGCCAUCUCAGCUGACAUGUUCUCCGUUCUGGCGUUCCAUGUGACGGAGGGCAGCACAGUGAUUCUGUCGUGUCAUUACUCAGUAAAGCACCACGGCCUGAGCCACGUCUGCUGGGGACGAGAUUGUGGAACUUUCUGGUGCAACAACAUCAUUGUACAAACAGAUGAGUAUGGCGUCAUUUCCAAAGUGUCGGACAGGUACAAGCUCAUUGGAGAUGUUCUUUCAGGCCAAAUGGACUUGGGGAUCCAAAGGAUACAGAAAGAAGACAGUGGACUUUACUGCUGCAGAGUGGAUAUAGAAGGCUUCUUCAAUGACAAGAAGGUGUCCUACACUUUGAGAGUCAUGAAAGCCCCAACGACUAUUCCACCAACAACCACGACACAGCAUGCUACAGAGCCACUGGAGACACAGACAGUGUCAUUGGUGUUAAAUCAGUCCAGAGAAGAAGACUCAUCAAUCUCUGACAUUUCCUGGCAGAAUGUCACUCAUGUUCAUUCUGGGGUGAUGAUGGAAGCGCCCAUCUCCAGAAUCACACUUCAGAUAAACAUCCCUGUGCUGUCCCUGUCUCUCAGUGUGCUACUGCUCCUUUUGGGGGGCCUGGCCCUGUUGACCUUCAAACGUGGGUUUUAUUGGAAGGCAUUAGACAGUGGGUGUUUCUCAAAGGAUCCACGACAUAUUAUCUAUGAAAUACGAACCAGGAGACCAGUGGAGGAAAACAUCUACACACUGGAAUAGAAGCAACAUCUAUUUUAUAAACAAACACACACACCGCAGGCCAUUAAUAACAUACAGGAAAGCACUGCUCCCUCUUUGAACGAGCGCUGUGACUAAGGGUGAGCGCUGUCUGACUGCUGGUGUAUUUCAGCAUUCCUGCACAAGCCGUCAGCAAGCUAACUGAGUGAUAUGUAUUAUGGUGUCAAAAUAAACGUUCCUCAAGAAAUAUGUAUGAAUGGACCUGGGUAUUUAAACAGACAGGAAAUAUGUUGGCUAAAUAAUAUAACAUAAUACAUUUGAUUUCAGGUUUACAUUUUUUUUUUUUUGGUGGGGGUUCCUUGCCACAGCUGCCUUUGGCUUGCUCACUGGGGGCCUAUAUAGACAAAUAAUUGUUAAGGCAUGAUUUUCUAUCAUGUUUUUUUUUUUUUCAAUGAAACUUCUCAAUGAUGACUUUUAUUAUAGACAUUACAGUAUAUUUUUCUGCAAAGCUGCUUUGAAACGAUACGUGUUUUGAAAAUACACAAAUAUAAAUUACUAUAAAUGGCUAUACAAAUAAAAAUGACUUGACUUGGCCUGACUCUUUUGAAUCUCUAGUGCCAGAUUAUCAUAACAAUGCUAUCAUCGUUAUGAGACAACCGUGCCAACCAGAGGUCUGUGCUAGCUGCUAGUCUGAAACAAGGGCAUUUCAGGGUGCCAAGGAGUCAGCCACAGACUCGCUGGCUCCAAGCAAAUAGUAUCUGGUAAACAUAUCUAAUCAACAGUUCUGUGUUAUACACAGCUAUGCCAUACAGAGCUACUGUAUUUAUGUAACGUUACUGCUGUCUUUUAAUGUAAACAA